UUAGUUUUUCUCAGGCUCUGGAUGGGAGAGGGAUGAUGCCAGAGAGCUGCAGGCAAACACACAUGUUCAAAACUUAGAGGAACUUUUUGCCAGUGACCUUCAGCACUGAUGCACUUGUUAAAAAUCUGUGCAUCCUUUUGUGCAUGUGACCGAAUCCUUUAAUUUAAGUGUUCCUCUCUGUGGAAGUCAUUUUUGGAACUUUUUGGACUUUGGUGACAAGUGGAAAAUGUUGCACAAAGUGAUUUUGCUGACACCUCAGGGGUAAAUUGCUGAAUCGCUGUUUUCUGGACAUUUGCUUUGUGGGGGAAAAAAAAAAUCUGAAGCAUCACCUGCAUCAUCGCGCUGAGCUUCAGCAAACUGGACAAGCUGCUAAUAGAGGAUUCUUGAGGCAGGAAUCAUGAAAGAUAACUAUGGUGGAUAUGAGAACCAGCUUUUCAAAGAGGAGGACCUGACAGGAGAGGAAGAGGAGAUGCCGUCCUUUAGAGGUCGCAGCAGAGGAGGCUGUGUGAGGUGCCGGCAGAGCCACUCGCUCCAGCUGGCCGUCAAAGUCCUCUAUGGAUUCGUCGCGUUCCUCAUCAUCACAGUGGCCGUGCUGGCAUCACUUGUCUUCAGGAAGGUGGACAGGAUGUCUGAGGAGGAGUCGAUCUACCACAGUAAAAUCACCAGAGUUCAACAAGGAAUCGAUGACCUGAGCUCCACCUCUAACUGCUCAGGCUGUCUGGAUGUGACGCUGUACAGCGAGGAGAUCAGCCGGCUGAAGAGAGAGUUCGAGGACAUCCAGAAAAUGAUACUGGGGCAGGAGCAGGUCCUGGACCAGGCGUCACAGUCCCAGGCCACUCUGAAGACCACCAACAGUCGGCUGAUACGUGAAAUGCAAAACCACCUGACGUCGAUCAGAUACCUCAACCAGUCCCUGGAGAGGUACCUGGAGCGGGUGGAGGCCUGGAAGGAUGUGAUCGAGGAAACUGAGGAGAAGAUGAACACUCUGACGGAGGAUCAGUACGAUGUCAAAGCUACGUCACAUCAGGUCAACACUACAGUGGCUCUCAGUGCAAUGUGGAUCGACGCCCUGCAGAGAAAAGCAGACGAGGAGACUCUGGUCCUCCAGAGGCUGACCAGCGACUGGCAGAACUACAGCCGCGUCCUGAACGCCAUCAAAUCCAACACAAGCAGCACCACGCAAACCAUGCGCUUCCUCCAGAACAACAUCGCUGCAGACCACCAGAGAAUCGCCAUGACCACCGAGGUGUACUACGCCCUCACUCAGCAGGUGAUGAACCUGCAGAUGCAGCUCGACAAUGUGACGUCUUUCAUGGAUGAACACGAGGAGAACAUGCAUGACCUUCACUACCAUUCCAGGUACUAUGAGAACCGCACAGGUGAACGUUUCUCUGCCUUGGACGGUCGUCUGAACUCCAUCACGAUGGAUAUCGACACGGUCUCCUCCAGCAUCAAUGCCACCGUCAGCCACGUCCAGAGCAUGUACAAGUACAUCAACAUCGAGAGCUCAUCCUGUCAGGGCCGCCUGGGCAGACACACAGAAGAUCUACAGAAUCUGAACAACACAGUCUUGUUACUCCUCCACUUAGCCGACACACUGAGGCAGCAGAACAUGUUGUUAAAUGUGCGACUGGACGUCGAUGUCAGGAACCUGUCCAUGGUGAUGGAGGAGCUGAAGCUUGUGGAUGUUCACCAUAACCAGCUCAUCAACAACUUCACUAUACUAAAAGGGGCUCCUGGACCCCCGGGGCCCAAAGGAAACCGUGGUGAAAAUGGUCCAAAAGGUCCUGUGGGACUGACUGGAAGCAAAGGUGACAGAGGCGCCUUGGGAAGUCGUGGAUCUGCUGGAGAGAAGGGGUCUCUUGGGCCCAAAGGUGGACCAGGUGAACCAGGGAUAAGUGGCAAUAGAGGGAUAGUAGGGGUCAAAGGAGCCAAAGGUUCUCUUGGUACACCAGGGCAACGUGGUGAAAGGGGCGAGAAAGGUGACAUUGGUCCCUCAGGUAAAGACGGUCUCCCGGGACCCUCAGGGCCUCCAGGGAUCCAGGGUCAGGCAGGACUACCAGGCAUCAUUGGACCAGCAGGACCAAGGGGGAAACCAGGGCCAGUAGGGCCACCUGGACCACCAGGAACCCCGGGACCUCCAGGCUUGCCAUACCCACCUGACCACAUGCAGAAGCAGACCGUGACAGCUGGUGCUGGGUCAAAGAGGCAGUAGAGAGGUGUCUGGAGAUAUGGUCCAGAACUAUGAAGGUUUAGAAUCAUCAGAGUCUGAAGGAAAAUCAUCCAUUGUGACUGGAGAUGUGACAAUCCAUUUGAAUGGGAUGUGCAAGACAAUGGAAAACUUUAUGAACAGAUGCAACACAUCAGAUUGGAGAUGGGGCUUUUACAAGAGGCCCUUCCCAAAUCUAGCAACAUGGCCACAAGAAAAGAACAACAGUAGAAAACAGAACUGCAGCCAUGGACUGAACUGCUGCUACAAAGUGAGACAUGAGAGGACUCAAGUCUGGAAGUGGACUGUGUUUGGACAGACUUUUUCUUCUAUUAGGUUCAAAUACAACAGACCUUCCCACCUGGUUGUCCACAUGCAAAUAUCAAUGUACAGAACGAGCUUAUAAUAGGGAAUAAAAACAUCCAUUAUUGAAUUUGAAGUGUUGCCUAUAGUUGAAUGUACUGGAAUUAAAGAAUGUGCAAAACCUCAUGGGGCUGGAGAGAUGUUAACCACAGAUUUGGACUUAACCUCCAGACUACUCCAAGGUUUACAUUCCCGUGCACUACUAUAUGGGCACAGAUUGACUCGCUUUAUCAUGUACACCAUUACAUAUGCUCUCUCUGGUGGAUAGCACUUUAUUGGUUCUUAAAGUGUAAAAAUUAAGGUCGGUUUGCUUUUAUUUCAGUUUGUCAGAGCAGGUACUCUGAAGACUUUGUUUGUAUCUACUGGGCAAAGCUAUCAUUUUAUGAUCUGUGUCUGACGAAGUUAAGUUGCAGAAUGGAGCUGGAGCCAGGAGGUGUUUAGCAUAAAGACUGGAAGGAAGGGGAAAUGGAUAGGAAUUACUUGACAAACUAAAUCCCUUUAAAACCACAGAUUGUCAUCGCUCAUAUAGAAUAGAUGGAUACCCAACCCGAGCAUAUCUGGACCCCAAGAGUUAGGCCCAGUUUGGACAAAAAUUACGAAAUAUUCAGGUUCUGGUCUGCCUCCACACAAUCGCAAUUGCAAACAUAUACCAAUUAAAACAAAGAAAAUACAACAUGGUCUCUUGUAGGAUUCAGGGGUUCUGUGACAUGCAUCAACAUUUUAGGAAGCUAGGCUAUUAUACACCCCACUUCCAGUCUUUAUGCUAAGCUAAGCUAAUCACCCCAGCGUUGUACCUUAUCCACGUACAUGAGAGUGUGUCUUCUCAUUGAACGUUGAAGUACUCACGUAAGAGACAAUGACGGCGAGGUCGAUGAAUAAUCAACAUGUAAAAGCGUUCUGGUAUCAAACUACCGGUCAAUCAGAGUUUGAUGUUGUUUCUUUCUUGAUUUCUGCCUAUGAAUUAUUGUGAUUGUGGAGCAAUGACUUUUGAGAGUGUUUACAUAACAUAAAUAACCAUUUACACUUCAAGCUUUACAAAAAGGGACACAUGCUACUUUUGUAAACCUGUGUGUUGUAAUGAAAUGCGACUGGCUUGCAUUGAACUUCAAUAAAUGAAA